CCUUUCGUGACUCGGCCAUCUCUUGGCGUUACUGAUAUUGAUUCUUCAAUACCCUUUUACACAAUUCAACAUCCCAGGGACUCGAAAAUACAGUUCUCCCAAAACCAGCCGUCAACACCUACAUACAACACACCAACCACCAAAACCGUCGCAUGCUCCGUUCGCUCGCCCUCAGAAUGGCCGAGAACGCAGCGAAGCGCCUCAAAACAGACAAUGGCAGCCCCCUAGCCAUCGGCACGCACAACGGGCACUUCCACGCCGACGAGGCGCUGGCCGUCUACAUGCUGCGGCAGCACGUACCCACUUACUCAGGCGCGCAGCUCGUGCGCACGCGGGACCCCGCCCGGCUCGAGGCCUGCCACACCGUGGUGGACGUGGGCGGCGAGUACGACCCGUCCCGCAACCGGUACGACCACCACCAGCGCAGCUUCGGGACUUCCUUCCCGGGCCGGCCGACCAAGCUGAGCAGCGCUGGGCUGGUGUACCUGCACUUUGGCCGGGAAAUCAUCGCACGGCGCCUGGGCUUAGCCGCUGACGAGGACAACGAGUCCGUCGGGCUGGUGUGGCGCAAGGUGUACGAGAGCUUCAUCGAGGCGCUCGACGCGCACGACAACGGUGUGAGCGUCUACGAUCCGACCCUGCUCGCCGCCGCGGGGUUACAGAAGCGCUUCUCGGACGGCGGCUUCACCCUCGGCGCCAUGGUCGGCCGGCUAAACCCCAACUGGAACGAUCCGGUCCCCGAGGACCCGGCCGCGGCGCAGGCGGCUGAGGAUGCCCGCUUCGAGCUGGCUAGCACACGCAUCGGCGAGGAGUUUGACCGCGAGCUCGACUACUACGUCCGCGCCUGGCUGCCCGCGCGCGAGGUGGUUGCCGAGGCCUUUGCCGCGCGGAGUGACUACGACGGUGAGGGUCGCAUCAUGGUGCUCAAGGGUCAGUCGGCGCCUUGGAAGGAUCACCUCUACAACCUUGAGGAGCAGCAGCCCGACUCCGGUAAGAAGGUGCUCUACGUGCUGUACCCGGAGAAACCUACGCCAGACGCAAAGUGGAGGAUUCAGUGCGUUCCGGUCGCCAAGGAUUCGUUUGAGAGCCGGAAACCGCUACCUGAGGCAUGGAGGGGGUUCCGGGACGAGGAUUUGGAUGGGAUAUCGGGCGUGAGCGGCUCCGUCUUUGUGCAUGCCUCGGGGUUCAUUGGGGGGAACAAGACGUUCGAGGGUGUGCUAGCAAUGGCGCAAAAGGCUCUUGCGCUUUGAUGGGGUGGAUACAUUGCUGAUGCUUGCAAAGAAGCAUUAUCGAUGCCCAAGCGGGUCGCGCAUCGCAAGGCAGGUUGGGCACUCAGGAGUGGCUAACGGCAACGCUGAUCCGAGCAUGGGGCUUACCAGCAGUCCGACACCGGAAGGUGGACUAAUGGUAGCUCCCGGGAUGUGAUCAAUUGCCGUUUGAAGGCCCAAAUGGGGCGCCGGUUGACUCUCAUGUAGCGAUGUCAAGGUGGCUUCAACCUCGUUGACUAUAGCACGGCACCACUUUGCCCAGAAAAUGAUCCAUUUGCCUGCUGCAAAUGCAGAGAAGCUGCAGUAGUACAGAUAGCAAAAGACCUCAACCCGAGUGUUCUGCUCGCAUGACCUCAAUCUCUUCCGUUUCCUCGUAAUUCACUGCUCGCAUAACC